CCAGCGCUACUCGGAACUCGAGUGAAUGUGGUUGAGGCAAGGCUUGGGCAGUGGGUCCAUAAGACAGGCAUCAAACGUAAAAUGCACCGCUGGCGAACUGUUGGCGUGUAGAAGUUUGUGUGGCUCCCUGCAAGUACCGGCCAGUGGGGCUAUGGGUGCCCAUUACUGGCAGCAUGAACACGCAGGCUAGCUUGAGUGAAGAGCUGGAGGGCGCUUGAAUGUCUUCGGAUACACCAGGCUGUCCCAGGCACUAGCAUGCCUCAUGUUACUGUACCUCGCACUGCAAGUAACUUGGACUAGAUUCUGUGAUCUUUGAAGUUCCGUCCGUCGGGAUAAUGGAGACUUCAACAAACGCUUGCUCAUUAUAUAAACCACUAAGCAUCCGUCUGCUUGUUCUACGUCUCAUCCUCAAACUCACUCAGACACCUCUUCAGACUCAGACCCAUUCGUGCGUUCAAAGUUACCCAAUGAACGAAGACAAUCCUCCCUCGGAUCCUCAUAUGCCAGAGAGGGGCAGGAGAGCGGCCAAGCAAGAACCGUCCUCUCACCCACCUGCACCAACCGGAUCUCGCAAAGGUUUUUUUCGCGAUUUCUGGGGCAAGGUAACCAACCAGUGCCGUUGUGCUAAAAACACUGCACGCUCUCCGAGCCCUCCACCCGUGGGUGCUAUCAUACCUAGCGGACGGACUUUCAAUCCCGCGCCGGCACGCCAGGUCGAACCACCCAACCCGACAGUUGUUAAUGAGAGAAUCAAGGAUGUCACCAAAGGUAUCACAGGCAUCGACCCUGUAUUGGCUAUGGCCAAAAGUGCCGCCUUAGGAACCAACAACGUCCAAUCGGUUCUCGAUGGCAUCGACACGUGGGCCGCGAUUCUUGGGCCGCUGAAGGCCUUCAACUCUGUUGCUGACCACAUUGCAGAUAUUCAUCCCUAUUUGAAGGGAGCGAUGUCUAUCUUGACUUGCGCGUCCAAGAUGAUUCUCGAUCAGGCAGAUCGCGAUACUGCUGUUUACCGUUUGCAUUUGAAGGUCUCGGAAGUCUAUGCUUUAAUGACGGAAAAGACGGAAUUGGCCGAUAUUGAAUCCAUGCAAGCGGUAUACUUCAAGAUUGCGCAUCAGACGCUGGAGUGCGCUGAUUUCAUCGUCCAUUACUCGGAGACCAAGAGUUUCUGGAAAAGACUUCGCAAGCACGUCGCCAAUGAAACAACUGCCACAAUUGAGACAUACAGUCAGGUUUUCGACGAUCUCAUGCAGCAAUUCCGAGACCGAGUGACUCGCGACACCGCUAUCAUCCUCCACCGUACAGGUAAGGAUUGGCCUCAAGUUCACUCUGCACCUUCUGACGUUCGUUGACCCGUGACCUAGCUGAGGAUCUGGACUUCAGCAGCUUGGAGUAUGUGGCCCGUGCCGGACUGAAUACCUCUAAGCGUUGCCUUCAAGGUACUCGGGAAGGUAUUCUGACUGAGAUUAAGUCAUGGAUCAGCGACACUGGGGAGGACGUGCCUCCCGUCUUCUGGUUGUCUGGCACGGCAGGGAAAGGAAAAUCAGCCAUUACUCAUACAAUCGCCAGCUGGUUUCAAGAAUCUGGGGGUCUAGGCGCUUGCUUCUGCUUCGACCGCACGCGCAAAGCAGACCACCUCCAUGAAAAGAUGGUCACCACCA